ACGCUAAAGCAUGCUCAAGCGUUUUGUUUACGAGUUCCACAGUGUUAAAGUUAUUAACGUUUUUCGUUUCUGAUUUAUUAUUUAAUCGAGACAGUUUAAAGAACUUAUUUAAUCAACAUGGCCGCACCCAUGUUUGCUGUACUUGUUUCCGGUAGACUGGUUCAGACAGAUUUUCAAACUCUAGAUACUACCAAGUUUGUAACAAAUAUAGUAGAUGCUGAUAAUGUAAAUCACUUAGUGGUUUUUUUAACUGGUGCUCAACCGUUUCCUGAUGGCUUUGGAGGAUCAGUGUACUUCAGUUGGCCUGACCCUAAUGCAGCUCCAUCAUGGCAGCUGUUGGGUUUUAUUUCCAAUGCCAAACCAAGUGCCAUAUUCAAAAUAUCAAAGCUAAAAUCAGAUGACUCUAUAACUACUCCAUUUGGUGUGCAGCCUAUUUCGCAUGUGGCACAAUUGGGCAUAUCCAUUGAACCUCUGCAGCAAUUGGAAUUACAGACUCCUGUUACGGCCAGCAAUCCGUCCAAUGUGGAUUCUUUCAUGGAAUUCACUACCAAAAUGUUGGAGAAUUUUGUGAAUUACAUUUGUUCCUUUGCUAUUACACCAAAUCAGAUUCCCCCUGGCACAUCAGAAAAUUAUAUACCCAUCAGUACGGUGCAGCAGUGGUAUGUGAACUUUCAGAGGCGUCUGCAGCAAAAUCCUAAUUUCUGGAAAAGUUGAUGAAAUAAAUAAGCUUGUAAAUAAUUAUUAUGUAUUUGUUUCAUUUUAUAAUUCUUUAUCUCAUUUCUUUGUCCUAUUAUGAGUUAUUUCCAUGACUCCUGAACCUACCUCAUUAACCUGUUCAUAAAAAUAAGAAUAUAUAUAUAUAUAUUUACUCUCUCAGUUUAAAACUUUUUCUGAAUUUAUGGUAUACAUUUGUAAGCGAUUGUAAUAUAAGUUCUAAGUUUACAAACGGCAUAUUUAAACAUACUUUAAAAUAUUAAUUAAUUUCAUGUCAAGUGAAAUUUGACUUUGUCUUGGACCUUCACAAUAUACUAAAUUUCCUGAUAGCUGUCUGUUCAAGAUAAAAUUUUACUUUAAUAAUACAAAAAAAUCUAGAAAAAUUUCAUUUUAUUAUUUUAAUUUGCUACUUAUUAUUGUGUACUAUUUUUUAUUCUGGUAUCAGAGUAUUUUUAUGGUUGUAUUAAUUAAAAUUGUAUUUUCUUUAUUCAAAAUUUCUAACUUAUACUAUCACCUAUUAUUUAACUCUUAUUGACAGAUAAAUAAGAGAUGCCUUGGUUACAAAAUUAUUUAUACUUAUCUUUUAUAUUUUUUUGAAAUGUAUUUUUGGUCAGAGGGAUUAUCUUUUUUUCACUUGCAUAUUUUAUGUUUUGUUCAUUAUUAAAAGAUAAUCAAAAAAUAAUUUUUUGUCUUUUUCUUUUUUUUAACUAUGAUCACAAACUCCCUUUUCAGACUUAUGUUUGAAUUUUAACCCUUUAAUUGGCAAAUUUUAAAAAUGUGUUGUAAAAAAUUCUUUUUUGAAUGCACAUUCUAAGUAAGAUAUUUAUGAUAUAUUUAUGCCUUCUUAGAAAUUUUUCUAAUUAAAUAACUCAUUUAUUUAAAUUAAUUUUAAUUGUUACCCAGAAAUAUUUGUACAAAAGCAUGCUUACAUUACCCAAGUAAAGCAUUUGGAAUUAUAGAUCUCCUAUAAGAGCCAAUGAAAACACAUGUUGCUUCUGAACAACCAUGCCAAAUAAAGGGUUAAAAAAUGGUUAUUUGGCAUAUGUCUUUAAUAAUAUAAAAUAAAAUGAUUCAAACGAGAACUAUUUUGCAGAGUUCUGCUUUAGAAUGUGUUUUCUUUAACUGUCCAAACUUAAUGGCUGUACAUUUAGAGCUUUUUUAAUGCACUUGGUGAUAUGUAAAGCAUUAAAUAUAAUAAAUGAUUUUUUAACCAGUAAA